GUUCACUGUGCGCUCGAGCAGUCUACCCGUUGUUGAUACAGCGUUAAUCCACAUUGGGAGCGGACAGUUUGAAGACGUGCGACCAGAGACACGGUUUGAGGAAUACUAGCAUUAAUGUCAUUUAUUUUUCGUCUGUCUAUGAGCAAGACCACGAACAAGUAAAUUCUAUUUGGCGGAUUUAAACAAGCACUUUUUACUAGGGAGAACUCGAACGACCUUCAUUCAGGUUGAGAUCCACUAGUUGGGACACAAUACCCACCUGUUGCAUUUCGCGGCAAAACAGACAUGUCACAGCUUGAGGUCGACAUGGCCGGACUGGGUUUCUCCAAAUUACCUGCUGGGUUCGACGCCAACUCCUGCUUCCCUGGCCGAAUACCACCAAGGCGCAGGAGACACUCGGCAAACUCCAGGAGAAACUCGUACAGGUUGAGCAAAAUAAAUACCUUGGAUUUGGAGCCUGAAGUUUACGAUGAUGCCCCUCUCUCCAAAACUCACUCCUGGUCUGCUGAUGAUAUUUUAGCCGAAACAGCGGCAGAGGAGAAAAAGGUGGACUCAUCAGUACCAGCCUCACCUGUCUCAAGCCCGGGAACGAGUACGUGCUCACCUCCUGGUACCCAAGCAUCAGACCCCAAACCACCUCUUGAUACAUGGGACGCGCCACAGCCCAGCUCGCAAGCACAGGGCACAAGUUCAGAUUCCGAGGAAGAAAUCACUGACAAAAAGGUCAUUUUAUCUCGAGCUCCAUUUGAAAGCAAACGGGAGCAAGAGGAAAAGGAUGAAAUUGAAACCAAAGCCGUGGCGACGUCACCUGAUGGAAGGUUCCUCAAAUUCAACAUUGAAAUUGGGAGAGGGUCGUUCAAGACGGUGUACAAAGGCCUGGAUACGGAGACAACAGUAGAAGUGGCAUGGUGUGAGCUACAGACGCGGAGGCUGACGAAGGUGGAGCGCCAGCGUUUCAGUGAGGAGGUGGAGAUGCUGAAGGGGCUGCAGCACCCCAAUAUCGUCCGCUUCUACGACUCCUGGAAGGACAACUGCAAGGGCCACAAGUGCAUCCUUCUAGUCACCGAGCUCAUGACGUCAGGCACCCUCAAGACGUACCUGAAGAGGUUCAAGGAGAUGAAGCUGAAGCUGCUGCAGCGCUGGAGCCACCAGAUCCUGAAGGGCCUCCACUUCCUCCACACCCGCAAUCCGCCCAUCAUCCACAGGGACCUCAAGUGUGACAACAUCUUCAUCACCGGCCCCACAGGCUCCGUCAAGAUCGGCGAUCUGGGCCUGGCCACACUAAAGAGUGCCUCGUUCGCCAAGAGUGUCAUUGGGACUCCUGAGUUCAUGGCUCCAGAGAUGUACGAGGAGAAGUAUGAUGAGGCGGUUGACGUCUAUGCCUUUGGGAUGUGCAUGCUUGAGAUGACCACGUCUGAGUACCCCUACUCCGAGUGCCAGAACGCUGCCCAGAUCUACCGUAAAGUCACCAGCGGAAUUAAGCCGGACAGCUUCUUCAAAGUAAAAGUCCCUGAGUUGAAAGGGAUCAUAGAGGGAUGCAUCCGCAUAAAUACAGACCAGAGGUACACCAUCCAAGACCUGCUGGAACACAUCUUCUUCAAGGAGAACAAUGGCGUCCAUGUUGAGCUGGCGGAGGAGGAUGACACGGUGAAGUCUGGCCUGAAGCUGUGGCUGCGUAUGGAUGACACCAAGAAGCUGCAUGGGAAGUACAAGGACAACAACGCCAUCGAGUUCCUGUUUGAACUCUACAAGGAUGUACCCGAGGAGGUGGCCCAGGAGAUGGUGGUGCUGGGCUUCGUCUGUGAGGCAGACUACAAGCUGGUGGCCAAAGCCAUCCGGGACCGCGCCACCGCCAUCAAGCGGCAGCGGGAGAAGCAGCGCCGGAUAGCCGAGGAGGCCUUGCGCCAACAACAGGAAACUGUCAUUGAGGAAGAACCAGAGUCGGCCCCCGAGCCAGAACCGCCCACCCCCAAACCUCAAAUAGCCCUUCCCAUCAAACCGCCCAACCCCGCCCCUGUCUCGUCACCCCCUGACCAGACUCCGCCCACUCCGACCGUGUCGAGGCCGGUGAUAUCCGUGGCUAACGGCUCGGUGGAUUCGGGGAUAAACGCCAGCUUCACAGCAGAGACGGAGGAGCAGGAGGCAGACCAGCGGCUGCACUACAACAUCAGACACGCCAGCUACUCCUCUGCCACAUCCGACUGCGAGAUGGACGGCUACCUGAGCUCUUCUGGCUUCCAGGAUCCCGGGGAUUCCCCUCUCCAGCCUCCUAUUAACUCCGCCCCUUCCUCCAUCACUCCUGUUCCGUUGCCCCUGGAGAUCCCUCAUGUCGAGACCCUGGCCAUCAAGGCUCCUCCCCCUGACGCUCCACCAAUCCCGGCUCUCCGCUUCCCCUCGAGUAUCGCUGUAUCCAACACUAUCAUGCCCCAGUCAGGAAACGCCAGUGGUUUCUCUUCUCCUGUCGACAGCUAUGCCUCUGAUGUGACGUCAGGCUUGAGUGAUGGCAAUGAGGGCCUAUCAGAAAAGAGUGCCAACAAACGUACCGGUACCAAGCUCUUCAGGAGGAGAGCCCGCUCACGCUUACGAAUCACUGGGUUGUCUGACAAAGUGGACCGGGUCGUGGAGUGUCAGCUCCAGACUCACAACAGUAAGAUGGUGACCUUUAAGUUUGAUCUGGACGGAGACAACCCGGAGGACAUUGCUGCUGUCAUGGUCCACAAUGAGUUCAUCCUUCCCUCCGAGCAGGAGGGCUUCAUCUACCGCAUGCGUGACAUCAUCAAGCGUGCAGAGGCCCUGAUGAGGAGGGGCGAGCCCCUGAGUCUGGGGGACGCUGCCCACCAGCUCUACCCCUACCUCAGCGAAGUGGGCACCUUGUCCGCCUCGCAGCCAAACUUACAUGCACAUGGACUGGAACGCACACAUUCCUCUUCAUCUUUGCCCGACUUUGCUGAGGGCAGCGUUGCUCAGCUCCGAGGCUCGUCUCCUGUGGCGCCUGUUGGAGACUUCUACAUCGACCCAAAGGCAGUCCCUUCUGUUCGCCCCCUCCGCUCUCAGUCCUUCCAGACCACGUCAAGUUCUUCCCAGACCUUCCACCCGCCUGCUUCCCAUUACCCCCAGUAUUCCCACCCCGAGGCCGUGCCCCCCGUGAUGCCCCUCAAUCAGCUGCCUCCCCUGCCCCAGCAGUACCCCAAGCACCCCUAUGUCCACAACACCCACUUCCCCUUCCCUUACCCUGUCACCCAGAACUCCUCAAUGCCCGCCAGCGCCCCCUUCACCCCCGAGACCCUCCACCGGGUCCUAAGCAACUCCAACCUCUCCUCCUCUUCCCCAUCCCCUUCCUCCUCCCCGGCCAAGCCGGCCACCCCAGGGCAGCAGCAGAGGGGUGAAAUGUUACCUCUGAGCAGUGAGGUAGUGGGCAGUACCCCCCAGCCUACCCCUCCAGCUCAACAGCAGCAGAACCCAGGCAUGUGGCCCCCAAACAGCCACAACCAGCCCCUCUUUUCCCUGGCCAACGUGUUGUCCCUGGCCAUGAGCGUGGCCCAGUCCUUCAUGCCCCCCACCUCCAUGCCCAGCGGUCUGAACCCAGCCCAGUCUGGCUCCUACCACCCCUCCAUGUUUGGCCCUCCCCAGCUGAUGCCAGGGGAGGGCUCCUACCAACCCAAGGGCCAGAUAACAGCAGGCCAGUAUCUGGACAUGUACCAGCAGUAUGCAGACACCCAGGCUCUGCACCAACAGAGCCUGUUGAAAACCAACGUAGCCCCAGGGUCACCCCAGCCUGGCGGGCUAGUGGAUGGGACUGCUUUCAGGCAAGCUGGCUCCAGCCUCUCUCCUCCAGGAUCCAGGGCGAGUCCCCAGAUGUAUUGCCAGCUGGGGCCCAGGGUGGGGUUCCAGGAGCAGACAGACAGCUCAGCCUCCACCUCUAUCACCAGCUCCCCCUCCUCCUCAGCUCCAGACAGCCCACAGAGCACCGUGUCUUCACCCAGGCUAAGAACCUCUUCCACCCUGGUGGUGUCAGAGUCGGGAGCUAACGCUGCCAAAAACAGACUAUCACCUAUCUCUGAGGAGAAAAAGCCUACAGUUACCGUCGGCCGUUUCCAAGUCACACCCAGCAGAGAGAUCCCUGCAGCCUCCGCUAGCCCAGCCCAGGAUCCUCCCGAAACCCACCCACAACACCAAACCCCGCCCACUGUCACCGUUAGCAGCAGCCCUUCCUCCCGGGACAGUGAAUCUGAUACCAGCACCGAGGAGCAGGGGGGCGAAUCAGAAAGCAGCAUUAGCACUGUAACUGUGUCCCCUCCCCAGCGAUCCCCAGGCGGGCCCCUGUGUAACCUAGACAUCACCCACUCCUUGCCUGGAGGCCCUAAGCAGACAGAGCAGGAGGACCAGCAGAAGAGUGAGGAGGAGCCCGACAAGGAGCCAGACAAGGAGCCCGACAAGGAGCUCGACAAGGAGCAAAAGGAGGGAGAGGAGGAUGAGGAGGAGGAGCUGAGGAGAAGGGGGGGCCGGAGGCUGAGCCUGAGCCUGUGGGAGGGUACAGCGGGGAGCCCCCAGUUUAGCGGGAGCAACCUAAACCAGCCCUGGAUGAGCUACACGCGCAGCGCCUCGUAUGUCAGCAGUGACGAGACAGAGAGCGAGAACGAGGAUAUGUGCGAGGAGCUACAGGAACUCAGGGACAGGCACCUGUCAGAGGCGCAGGCCCUCCAGCUCACUCAGAAGAGGGAGAUUGAGGCGCUGUAUGAGCAAAUGGGAAAGGUGCCUCCCCCUGGCAUCAUGCCCCCUGCCGCGAUGCUCAACAACCGCCAGAGGCGCCUCUCCAAGAGCGGCAACUACCCCGGCUCGCGUAGGAACAGCCUGCAGAGACUGGAUAUACUGCCCCCUGCAGGGAUCAUGCGUAAAAACUCAGUCAGUGGCAGCAGCAGUGGCUCUCAGGAGAGGUCCAGUAAAGGGGUGACCUUUGCCCCCGACUACAACCGGAUGUGAGACUAGUCUCCCUGUGUGAUCUGGAGGACAGGGGGUUGGGGCAGGUGAUACUGUGGCCAGCCGCCUCCCCUCCCAACCACCAACCAGGAAGAGAGGGAGCCCAAUGAUGACCAAUAAGUUGCCAAGCCCAGUGCUGAACAGAUAGCUCCCAGCCUGAGCCUUGGGAUGGGGAAACCGGAUGGCCAGAAGACAUGGGCCUUUUCUCAAUUGGAUUUGCUCAACUCCUGCGUCCUCUUUCCUCUGUCCUCUCUCCUCUCUCGCCUCCUUUUGAAAAAGGUAAUUGUGGAGAGGUAGCAAGGAGAGUGAACGAGGACGAAAAUGAGCUUGUAAGAAAUUAGACUUCUUCUCCACUCAGGCAAAUUAUGUUUACAGGGGUGGAUCCCAAAAUAAAUGUGUAGAGUGAUAAAAACAAAUGAAGUUAGUUGUUCAAGACAUUUUAUAGAUACAACUACAAGUAGCAUAUUGUUUGUAAACAUGUGCAAGCUUUUCUCCAUCAAAAAACUAAAGCUGAUUCAAAGGGGGUGUGGCAGAUUUCUAAAUUAUUCGGUGAAGGACUCGGGUAGGACACACAUGACUAUCAUCUAUGAAAGAUGGCUAACAAGGAGGAAGAACACACUUCUGUUCGCCUCGACCACAUAUCAGUUUCUGAGUCACGGAGGAGAGAGGACGGAGGUGAGGUUGGAGGAAGGACGUUUUCCCAAAUGAGAAAAGGCCAUGGUCAUCCACACGAUGGGCCUCACUAAACACUCCUCCUAAUGACGAUAGAUAAGGAUCCCAUUGUCAGAGCACCAAAGCACCCUAUCUGCCAUCUGGUUCAUGUGCAAUACCAUGAGUUAGUAUUGUGACACUAAGCCAAGGAAGUCCCCCUCCCGAUCUUAAGGAUGCUAAGCUUAUAUAGCUGUGUGUAGCGUCAGGUCAAAUGGAAAGUGAGGAUAGGAAGGCUUAAGGUGUGUGUUUCUGUGUGUGCUCUUAUGCGGAUGCUGCCUGUGCUAUCCCUGGAAAACACGUCCCAGAAGCCCUGCUCUCUCCUGCACUUCGUCAUCCAACUGCUGCAAGCAGGAACUCCUCUUAAUACAAUAUGACCCUAUUCAAUCCGAAGUGCUGAAGAUCUGCUUAAUGUUGCGAUUGACAACUAAAGGCAAUGUUCCUGCGGUCACGGAGACUGUAUUCACGGUAAACGCUGCAUAUGUCUGCUCAGGAGAUAAGAUAGCUUUAGCAGGAUGAGAUGUAAUCAUUGCCUCAAAACAAUGUAUUUGUAUGGUUUAUAAUAUUGCAUAAGGAAUGGGAUGGACAAAUAUGCAUCUAUCUCAUGUAUUGACCGGCAAGUCAGGUAAGCAGUUUUCCAUUUUGCAGCUCCGCUUACUUGGUGUGCUUGGCGAACUAAAUCAAGUACACCUAAAUAAGAGUCAAUCCAAGCUGCCUGCAGGUAUCUGCAAAACAUCAGAGCCGUAUUUGGUGUAAACAAAUGUUCAUGAAGCAACACAAAUCACACAUGGUGCAUGAAAAACUAAAUGUCACUUUAUUGAACGUACACUGAACAAAAAUAUAAACGCAACAUGUAAAGUGUUUGUCCCAUGUUUCAUGAGCUGAAGUAAAAGAUCCCAGAAAUGUUCCAUAUGCACAAAAAGCUUAGUUCUCUAAAAUGACAUUUGAUUACAUCCCGGUGAGUGAGCAUUUCUCCUUUGCCAAGAUAUUCCAGCCUCCUUCAUCCUUCAAGAAGCUGAUUAAACAGCACAAUCAUUACACAGGUGCACCUUGUGCUGGGAACAAUAAAAGGUCACUAAAAUGUGAAAGUUUUGUCACACAACACAAUGCUACAGAUGUCUCAAGUUUUGAGGGCAUGUGCAAUUGGCAUGCUGACUGCAGGAAUGUCCACCAGGCCUGUUGCCAGAGCAUUUAACAUGAAUUUAAACCGACUCCAACUUCGUUUUAGAGAAUGUGGCAGUACAUCCAACCAGCCUCACAACCACAUACCACGUGUAUGGCGUCGUGGCUUGCGUGGUUUGCUGAUUACAACGUUGUGAACCGAGUGUCCCAUGGUGGCGGUGGGGUUAUGUUAUGGGCAGGCAUAAGCUAUGGACAACGAACACAAUUGCAUUUUAUCGAUGGCAAUUUUAAAUGCACAGAAAUACCGUGACGAGAUCGUGAGGCCCAUUGCGAGACCCAUUUUUUAAAAUGAAAUCCAAAGAUUAGGGCCUAAUGAAUUCAUUUCAUUUGACUGAUUUCCUUAUAUGAACUGUAACUCAGUAAAAUCUUUGAAAUUGUUGCAUGUUGCGUUAAAAAUGUUGUUCAGUAUACAAACACUCAAGGUCUUAUAACAUACUACACAUUGUUCAUUUGUUAUUCACUUUCUAGGGCCUAGUAGUAAAGAUACUGGGUGUCACUUAUCAGCCUUCAUUUUCUAAGCAAAGAGUGGACUUUAAAAACGUAUUUUAAUCAAUGGAUUGAUACAAUGCACUUUCCAAUUGCGUACCUAUAAAUAAUAGCGGGGUAAAGAUGUAUAGUUAUAUAUUUUAAAUCGGUAUGCGUGCCUACGCAUUUAGUGUUGGUAAUUAUUUGAUUCAUGACAAAGACCUGAAGCUGUGAAGAAUUCUGAGCUAUUUGCCUUAAAGUAUGCACAUGGGGAACGAUUGUAGUAGAACACAUGAAAUACAUUACUCAGAUUGUGUUCUUCUAAAUCAAGACAUCAACAGUAAAUAUACAAUAUAUAUUUAGGAUGUCAUGAGCUCUAUUUUGUUGUCAAUCGUGUUUCUAGAAAACAUACUGCCAUGCAGAUUCUGUGCCUUUACCUUUUGUUUUUUACCUUUCAAGUGUGAUUGUUUCUUAAAUCAUAUUUGUAAAUAUUGCUAAUAAAUUACAAUUCAACAUA